AGGGACCAUGAUUUUGAUAGUUUUUGUGUUAUCUCUGAUUUUCUUACAUGUUGGAGAGGCUGCUAACAGAACUGACAUUGAGAAUCUGUACACCAAACUCUUACUGGGCGUAUCAAACACCCAGCUUCUGUCAGACAUCCGCCCAGCUCUUUACACGGAAGUGACGGGUUCAUUAAGCCUUUUGUCUAUCAGUGGUUUAGAUGAGGUCUCAGGAACGUUUUCUACUAUGGUCAAUUUAGCUCUUAUUUGGAACGACGAACGACUCUUAUGGAGUCCAGCAGAUUACAACAAUCUAGCAAACAUCGUGGUACCUCAAACCUUAGUGUGGACGCCUUCAAUGAUAAUGAGAAAUUCUGCAAAUAAAGUGAAAAGGCUAGGAUUAGAAGAUAAUGUAGUUACAAUAUCCAGUGACGGCACCGUAACUCUGAAUAUUGGUGACUAUCUGGAGACGGUCUGCAGUUUUGACGUAACACAUUUCCCAUUUGAUCAUCAAAAGUGUGAAAUUUUGUUCAUCCCGUGGAUUUACAACAAUGACUCGGUUGGACUUAAACAAAGGAGGAGUGAUGUUGAUUUGAAUUUAUAUUCCUCCAAUGGCAUGUGGAAUAUCGGUAGUACCACAGCGACUGUGAACUACAUUGUCACGCCAAGUACAGGUAACAUCUACGCUGAACUGAAAUAUACGAUUAACCUCGAACGUAGAUCGUCGUAUUUUGUUCUCAGUAUAUUCAUCCCUGUCAUUAUGCUUCUCCUUCUAAACUCCGUCGUCUUCAUCCUGCCAACAGACAGCGGAGAACGUGUCGGAUACUCAGUUACGUGCUUACUGGCGUUGGCCGUGUUUUUGACUCUGACUGCAGACGUUUUACCAAAGACUUCUGACCCAUUAUCCAUUUUGUCCUGUUUCAUGAUGCUCCUGGUAUUGACGUCUGCUGUUAUUUGUCUAACCACAAUAAUAAGCGUAUGGCUGCACCACAAACCCGAAAACUCCCCGAUGCCUAUUUAUCUGAAAAAGUUUACUUUCCUUAUGCUCUGUAAAGGCCGUAAAAUUCAAAACACAAAUGAUACAUCUGAUAGAUCUAUUGUGUCUGUCGAAACGCCGAAAUUAAAAACAAGCGAGUUUAAAGGAGUUGUUCGCCAUGCAGUUGUCAUGAAGAAAACACAGGCGAAAGAAACAAAUAAGGCCCCUCUGAAACCGAUUAAAGAGAAGGAGGAUGAUAAACGACCCCUAGAGAAUGAAAAGGAGGAGGACCCGUAUACGGAAAUGACGUGGAAAAAGUUUUCAGAAUUGUUCAAUUUUCUCUGUUUUGUUGUUACACUUUCUUUUACGGGAAUUUUAGGCUUUAUUUAUGUGCUAAUCGCCAGAGGAAAUCUUUAAAAGAAACUGUGACGAAUUUGCCCAUUUUUGGAGAAAACGUGUUAUUUUAAAGCAGGAAUUCCAGUGUGGAUCAACUCAAACAGUGACGUCACAAAAAUGAUAGUGAUUGGUGAUUUAGUCAACGUAUUUCUGUUUCAAAAUAUAACAUUUAUAGGUUUUGGAGUUAAUUUGGUUAUUGCUACAAAUAUGUAUGUGCCUUCGGAAUGUAUUUAAAUACAACACAAUAUAUAAUAAACUAGAAAUAAAGUAAAUACGAGUAAUAUGAAGAAAUAUCCCAUAGUAAAUUAUCAUGAAAACAUUGAUUCACAUUUAAAUGUAAGACGCAAAUAAAAAUGAUAAGAAAAAGCUAUACUAGAAAUUAUUAAAUGAUGUCUUUCACGCCAAUAUACUGCAUGCGAAA